GGCGAAGCUCACUGCUAGGCGGGGGCACCUGCCUGGGGCCGCCUUUCCAGGGCUUGCUUUCCGAGGGGCGCGGGGCGGGUGCCGGCCAAAGGCCUCGCCUCACCGAGGAAUGUGGCACGCCCAUAUCUAUCACCGCGCCGCCGCGCCAGGCCGGCCGAGGGGCGCUGCUGUGUGGCGUGAUGGCCUGAGCACAAAAUGCCCGUCCUAGGAAUUUUGCAGCUGACCAGCCACUUGUAUACACGGUGUUACCUUAGAGCUGAGGAUACGGAAAAGACUCCCAUGCAGCUGACCCCGGGGCGGAGGGGCACCUGAGGUUUUUGGAUUCCAAGUUAACCCUGGCACUUCAUGCCCGGAGGUGACACAUGUGGUGAUGGAGGGGACCUCAGCGGAGGAGGCUGUCUGCUGGCAGGAGCGCAAGACGUCGGCUCUUCCCCCAGGUUGUACCCGCCCAGCGCUUUUAGACAUAAGUUGGUUCACAGAGAGCAUGGAAGCUGGGCAGCCUGUCCCUGUGCAAUGCCGGCACCGCCUGGAGGUGGCUGUGCCCAAAAAGGAGAUGCCAAGCCCAGCAUGGAUGCUGCCCUAUGCCUGCCAGCGUCCCACACCCCUCGUGCACCACAAUGCCAGCCUCUCGGAGGCUCUGGAGACGCUGGCAGAGGCCGCUGGCUUUGAUGGCUGUGAAGGCCGCCAGAUCGCCUUCUACAGAGCGGCCUCGGUGCUCAAGGCCCUCCCCAGCCAGGUCACAGCCCUGAGCCAGCUGCAGGGCCUGCCCCACUUCGGAGAACACUCCUGCAGGGUUGUCCAGGAGCUGCUGGAACACGGAGUGUGUGAGGAGGUGGAGAGAGUCCAGCUCUCAGAGAGAUACCAGACCAUGAAGCUCUUCACUCAGAUCUUUGGGGUCGGGGUAAGGACUGCUGACCAGUGGUACCGAAAAGGGCUCCGGACGCUGGACGACCUCCGAGAGGAGUCCCAGAGACUGACCCAGCAGCAGAAAGCAGGACUCCAGCACCACCAGGACCUGAGUGCCCCAAUCCUGCGGUCAGAUGUUGAGGCCCUGCAGCAAGUGGUGGAGGCAGCCGUGAGGCAGGCCCUUCCUGGGGCCACUGUCACGCUGGCCGGAGGCUUCCGGAGGGGGAAGUUGCAGGGCCACGACGUGGACUUCCUCAUCACCCACCCCCAGGAGGGCCAGGAGGCAGGGCUGCUGCCCAGAGUGAUGUGCUACCUGAAGAAGCAGGGCCUUGUCCUGUACCACCAGCACCAGCACAGCCACCAGGGAGACCUGACCCAGCAGAGCCACACCAUGGAUGCCUUUGAGAGGAGUUUCUGCAUUUUCCGCCUGCCACAACCCCCAGGGGCUGCUGUGGGUGGUGCCCAGAAGCCCUGCUUCGCCUGGAAGGCAGUGCGGGUGGACCUGGUGGUUGCCCCUGUCAGCCAGUUCCCCUUUGCCCUGCUUGGCUGGACUGGCUCCAAGCAUUUUGAGCGGGAGCUACGCCGCUUCAGCAGGAAGGAGAGGGGCCUCUGCCUGAACAGCCAUGGUCUGUUUGAUCCAGAGCAGAAGACGGUUUUCCACGUGGCCUCAGAGGAAGACAUCUUCAGACUCCUCGACCUUGAGUACCUUCCCCCAGAGCAGAGAAAUGCCUGAUCCUAUCAACCCGACCUCUACUCUGGAAAUGGAGGGGGUCAUUUGAGCCAGACUCUAUGGGUGUUUUUGGCCCCUAACUAUUUCCAGUCAGAAGAUGUGCUGCUGCCCCAAGUCCUUACCCCUUCCAUGUGGGAGCCCUGUCUGUGAACCACCACUCCCCCACCUAUACCCAGUUCAAGAUGUGAUGAAAUUAGCAUGUGGAACAAACAAAGCUGUAUUUUCUGAAUGUGCUGCUGGUGUGGGUGACUGAGGAGCACGGUGCCUGCUUCUGCCCAGAGGUCAGCUUUGGGGUGUCAGUGAGGGUGGAGGAUGUUGACCCAGCAAAUAGACUUCCAGUUAUUUCUCCAACAAAAAUGGGCUUAUUCAGGAUCAGCGGAGAAUCAGUCUGUAACCAUGGCAAGCCAUGUGCAAGUCCCCAGCAAAAAUGGAGAGGAAAACUUUUAUAGAGGGGAAAAAGGAAUUUGGGAGGCCUAUAGGUAAACGUGAGUCCAUGGCUUUUUGUUGGCUGAGUCCUUGUCAGGAAAGAAGUGGAAGUCUUUCUUUCUGUUGGGCUCUUGCUAUCAUUAUAGGGCAUGAGUGCUCACCCUUCUGGUCUCCCAACUCUUGAGGUUUCUGUUAAUUUUUUUUUAACAUUUUCCCCUUUCGAUCAAGAUCUUUUUCUGAAAGCAUCACUAAUCUGAGUCAGGUUUUCUAGUUUCAGGGUCUUAUUGACCUUCUGUGCAAGGAAAGGCUUUUCCUCGGUGUAGUGUCCCACAUCAGGGAGAAAAUGCACAGAUUGGAGAUCUGUUGAGGUCAUAUUUAAGAAUCGAGGGGUAGGAGGGAGAACUCUUAGGCACUUUUUAUCGGAAGUCCAUAUGUUACCAAGUUCCUCGAUGUUAAAGAGCCUGUGUAGCAUUAUGUCAUCAAAGGUUUGGUGACAAAUUUCCAACAGGCCUGGUCUAAGUAUCUUUGGAAAGCUGUCUCAGCAGAUGUCAUCUGCUUCAAUUCAGGGAAAUCUACUUUCAGGUCACCAGAUGAUUUGAAGGUCCAGACAGGGUUUGGUGCUUUCCUUAGGUGUAUCAUAUGAAAAUAGGAGUUGUAUUCCUUGGAGCUUUGCAGCACAGGGGGGUUAGCAAUACUGAUAGCAGCCUCCUUCUCUUGGUGUCUUUUCCAACAGAUGAAAUUUCCAGGUUGCAAGAUACGAUGAUCAAGGUCUUUCUCUCCCAAGCGUGCACUGUGAAAAAGAUUGUUUUCCCAAAACGUGACUUUGUUCUGUUUUUUCAUUAAAAUAUUUAUUCAUU